AAGCGCUUGAUAUUUAUUGCGGGUUGCAUACUUUGCUAUCUUGUCAUCCGGUUGACAUUUAUAAUUUCCAAAAUCGUUUUUUUUAAUCCAGUGAAAAAUUUUGUGUCCAUAAACAUAAAUUACGUUCCUCUUAAUAGUUUCCUUGUGUUGCAACUUCGCCUAUUUCAACCAAUACUAUGCUAACUCCGAUUUUAGUGUUUGCCUCUUGUCUGUUAUGAAUGCUGGAUACUACGCCCACAACAGCCCCAGUCGAGAAUCUGGAGUUGUAAGUGACUGUGACACAAUGGCCGAACUUGCAGCCUUGCUGCGCUCCGAAAUCCCAGAGGGGCGCAGCAACCUGACCGACAACCACACGAACCUGGAAAGGGUUGCCGAAUAUUGCGAAGCUAACUAUUUCCAGUCGAAUAACAAGCGCGUGGCUUUGGAAGAAACCAAAAACUACACAACACAGUCUUUGGCAAGUGUGGCCUACCAAAUCAACACACUCGCUUUCAAUUUUCUGCAACUGUUGGAGUUGCAAGCGGCACAGCUGGCCGAGAUGGAGAGCCAGAUGAACCACAUCUCGCAAACGGUGAUGAUCCACAAGGAGAAGGUUGCAAGGCGCGAGAUUGGAGUGUUGACGGCCAACAAGUCAACCAGCCGACAGUAUAAAAUCAUCGCGCCUGCUAACCCGGAGAAACCCAUCAAGUACCUCCGGAAACCGAUUGACUACAACAUUUUCGAUGAUAUCGGGCAUGGGGUGCGGAGCAGUGGGACCCCCAGACAGCAAAAACAGAGGGGUUCCAGUCAGGGUAGCAUCCAGUCGCUCACGGCCAAUCCCAUGGUGGGCCCAGCACCCACCACCAAACCGCCAACGCCUCCGCAAGUAUCAAGAACAUCAAGUAAAGUUUCUGUUUCGGGAGGUACGUUGAGUAAAGGCAGUCGCGAAUAUCGUACUCCUCCAGCGGUGGCGCCUCCUCAGGUUCCUAGUCACUACGCCCCCAAUUAUCCCAUUGGCCAUGCAAGACGUUCGACCGAAAGGGGGCCCGGGUACAGCACUUUGCCCAUGGCUCCAGGUCAACAUCAGGCGAUGUCGCCACCACAAGUUGGCAUGGUACAUCCCAUGAGUAUAAAUCAACAGCAACACCAAAACCAACAACAUCCUCAAACACCACCGCCGCCGCCUCCGCCCGGUAAUGUGGGAAACUACAUCCAAGCGGAGCACCAUAUGAGCAUGCCGCAUUUCGACUUGAACUCCUGGAUAAGAUAUUACGAGCCGGCCCAUUACGACCCCCAUUCUUUGGUCGUCCAACACAACCGUGUCCGGAGAAGUGUCGGUCAGAAACAACCACACCAAGUCCAAUUGGACAUUAAAGGACGAGAUCGGUUGUUUAAGAUUCGACUAAUUCCGGAUAACGACGUGUUCGCUGACGACGUUUCCUUCGAAUCAACGAGAGGACAGAUUCAUUUGGACCCGAAUUUCGUCUACACCGGAGUCCUUGAAGAUGACGAUUCAGCUUCGGUCCUCGGGAUCAUCACAAAAGAGGGGCUCUUCGAGGGCACAAUUUCGACGGCUAUCGAGGAUUACCACGUAGAACCCGUCAGCCGUUACCUCCGACCCAACGAAACGAAACAGCCCUCUUCAUUUCACUCCAUCGUGUACAAAUCGUCCGACGUUCGAGACCCCCGUCAGGGUGUGCCGUGCGCCUCCCACCGCUUGCAUUUAAACAAUUUAGGGAAAAACACCGCCGAUAGAGAAAAUUACCCGGAACGGAGGAGUAAAAGAUGGCUUUUAGAGGCCGAAGCCAAACUGCCCUACGAUGACUCCACUUUCUGGCAUCUCAACAAAACGAAACAUUCUUUUUCGCCGGCCUACGACCUAAAUCAGCCCAUUGAUGAGGAGCUUGACUUAAUUACGAGCAAUCGCUCUAAUGGCGAUUUUCCGGGCAUUAUUUUCCGAAACGUCAAUAAAAGGGCCACCAUCGAUCCCAAAAAGACAACCUGCAUGCUGUACCUCCAAGCAGACCACCAGUUUUUUCAAAAGUACGGCACUGAGGAGGCCUGCAUCGAGGUCAUGACCCGACACGUCCAACGCGUAAAUGCCAUCUAUAAAGCCACAGAUUUCAACCAGGACGGUAAAGCAGACAAUAUAACUUUUAUGGUGAAACGAAUUAAAGUGCACACGACUGACGCCCUCAGGGAUCCCCUCUACAGAUUUCCCAACAAUUACGGCGUCGAAAAAUUCCUGGAACUCUUCUCAGAGGAGGACUACGAUGCAUUCUGUUUAGCCUACAUGUUUACUUAUCGUGAUUUCGAAAUGGGAACGUUGGGUUUGGCCUGGACUGGAGAUUUGAAAAAUGCGGGCGGCGUUUGCGAGAAGAACGGGCACUACAGAGGAAGCAUGAAGUCCUUAAAUACAGGAAUCGUAACGUUGUUGAACUACGGAAAACACGUACCGCCUGCGGUGUCCCAUGUAACACUUGCUCACGAAAUCGGACAUAAUUUUGGGUCACCGCACGACCCGGAACAGUGCACCCCCGGAGGCGAAGAUGGUAACUUUAUUAUGUUCGCAAGGGCGACGUCAGGUGACAAGAAAAACAAUAAUCAGUUUUCCCCGUGCAGUCUGAAGAGCAUUAACCCAGUACUUAAUUUUAAAGCGCGCUCACCAAAAGGAUGUUUCACAGAACCUCAAGCCUCCCUCUGUGGCAACGGCGUCGUCGAAGAGGGCGAAGAGUGCGACUGUGGCUGGGAGGAGGACUGUCGGGACCAGUGCUGCUUCCCCCAGCGGAGGUACCCGCCCCUAGACGAGCCCCCGUGCCGCCUCACGCCGCGCAGCAUCUGCAGCCCCUCGCAGGGGCCGUGCUGCACGUCCGAGUGCCAAGUGAAGUUCGGCGAUAAGUGUCGGGACGACAACGGCUGCAGAGACGAAAGUUUCUGCAACGGGCGCAACCCGCAGUGUCCCCCGUCAGUGAACAAGCCGAACAAGACAAUUUGCAAUAAAGAGUUUGUUUGUUUCAUGGGCGAAUGCACCGGAUCUAUAUGUUUGGCGUAUGGCCUGGAAUCUUGCCAAUGCAUUCCGAAGAAGGGUGACCCAAAAACCAAAGCAUGCGAAUUGUGCUGUAAACUUCCAGGGGAUAAUCAGCCGUGUCUUUCUUCGUUUGAUUGGAACGACAUGCCUUAUGACAUUCCCGACAUGUAUUCAAAACCAGGAACGCCCUGCAACGACUACAGCGGAUACUGCGACGUAUUUCAAAUGUGCAGAGAAGUUGAUCCUUCGGGACCCUUGGCUACGCUGCGAAAAUUGCUCCUGUCGGAGGAAAGCUUCGCAAGCUUUAAAAAGUGGAUGAUGGACUAUUGGUAUGCGGUGGCCGCCAUCGUGGCCCUCGUUGUUGCGCUGCUGGUGUUAAGCACCAAGUACCUCAGUAAGAAGCCAAAUCUGAAAUUGAAAUCGAUCACAAUAAUGCACAGUUCGCCGACUGAAGCCGUUCGCUUGCCUCCAGACGGAGAAAACGGGCAAGUAACUGUGCACCCGGCAAUUAGAUCAAAGCUACCUCUAAAACGUAAAGUCCGCAACGGCAAAAUCAAACGCAAACGCAAGACUAAGGAAUCACUAAACAACAAUUUGAAUAGCCCUAGUAGGACGAAGAAUUCUCCUAAGAAAAAGAAACGCGUUUCUGCAGCGGUUGGUGCAGAAGAGCGCAAGAAGCCGGUAGUGGACGCUGCAAUAAUCGAAAUACCUCACAGCAAAGUCAAAAAGUCGCCGCAAGUGACCGCCAACAAGAAGAAGAAGAAGAAAAAGGAAACUAUAGAUUAUAGUAACGCCCAACCGGACGUCGAGGGAAAGAAACUGAUUAGUGCCGAAGUUGUGCAUAAUCCGUUGACUCCUGAGGCAGAUCCGGUGGGUAAAGUCCAGAAUUGGUUGUUGAAGUCACAAUACGCCUUGCCGAAGUCCAAAUCGACGCCAGCGGGACUAACCGACAAGUCCCGAAGAAGUCCCCACAAACGUCCCACGAUUCGGCCUCGCACCGACAAGAGCAAAUCGCACAGUGUGGGCAACAUUCCUAGUGAGAAGGAAAAAGUCCGAUUGCAAGUAGUGUAUAAACCGCCGUUUAAAUUUAGUGUUAAGUUGCGUAAACCGGAAAAAACUAGUGUCGUUAUUGAGAACGUGAACAGAAAGACUGAAAAAAGUAAAACUCCGAGGACAGGUGUGCUUGUGCGUAGUGUGAAACAGCGCGAGCCGAAGACGAGUGUCGAUAAUCCAGCUGUUGCGAUUGACGCAACGCCCGUAGCUAGUCCGUUGCAGGUUGUUGAUUCUCCCGCUAAACCUGAUGAUAUUGAUUCCAAUAUUCAUACCGUCCAGUCUGAUUUAGAAGUAUUGUUGUCUGAAAGCGAAUUUCUAUUUUCAGAUGACUGAUAUAACUUUUUGCAAUGACCCAAAUUGACUUGUUUAAGGCUGUGGAAACAAACAUUCCGCACUCUCAGAGCUGCUUAAAUAUUAAGUUUGAUUCAAUGGCAUCGCGGUGGAACUUUACCCAAAUCAAUAAGAAGUCACUCGGUGACAAGUGCUCUUAUUUAUUAUACCUUCAACACCAGGAAUCAAGCGCUUAUUUAUUUUUUCUAAUGAAACAGUGAAAAGCUCACAAACUCUUUCAAACUACGGCAAUACUCAAGCAUAAAUCAAAGCUUUAAAGCAGCGCUGUCCCACUUUUCGUUGUGUGGGGACCAUUCAGAUAAUCAAAGAUUUUUUCCUCUUUUUCUUUUCUUUUGAAAAACAUUUCGGCUUAUUUGGCGAAACCUCUGGCCGAAAUAGCUAAUUCGGACCUAGUUUGGUGGCUUUUUCACCUUGUUUCAAUAAAAACUCGCAGGAUAACUAUGUAAAUCACCCGAAGUUACGUAACCCACCGACUUUUUGGCGAUGAAAGAAUUUCAAAUAAAAUAAAAACGAUUUACUUGAAGGCCGCAGUUGGACAGCGCUGGGCUAAAGGUAAAGUUUCACGACGAUGUAAGAUAUUUUUAUUAACAGUGAUCACUUAGGUUAAACUAAUUUUUACUUAAAUUCUUAUCCAGUUGUAAAGUUAAAAAACUAAAAUAUAUUUAUUUAUACAUAACUCUGUAACUUGAUAAACUGCUUGUAUGGUAUUUUUACAGUGCCAUUUUUGUACUGUGAAUCUCGUGGUCAAAUAAGACGUAAUUUACAAUCGUCUCGUUUGUUACAACUUCGUAAGAUACUAUUGUGUCAAGUAAAAUUUUGAAAAUUCAGUUCGCGUGCCAAAUAAUUGCUUUGAUAUUCAUAACAUAGUUGAAAUUUUACAAGCUGAAAGUGUUCGAUUCUCAUUUCUUGUCUGUUUCUUUUAAAAUCGGGUUACUUUAUUUCAACUGUAAGAAUAUCACCUGUACUUAUUGAAAUUUAUUUAUAAUAAUUGAUAGAUUUUUAAUAUUCGUAACAUUGUUUUUAUUUUAAUUUUUGCGAAGCCGGGGAAAAAAUUAUACAAUCCACAGUUCAGAACUCCACUCUGUGCAGUUCUGUGGUUCUGCACUAUUCCCAUUUGAACAGAACACAGCUCUGAACUGGCGUUACUUUUUUCCUUGGCUGUACUUACCGUACUUUUUACUCAAAAAUUUUAUUUAUUUCUAUUAAACCAAAAUUAUGUACUUAUUAACGUAACUAUGUAUUUUAUCUUUUUUAAAUAAAUUUGUAAAAAUAUGCGA